AUGCCACCAGAGGUGUCUCCUUGCCAUCCUGUUGUCACACCCUUAAUUCAGUUUCUACCUCAAGAGCCAUCCAGAUCAAACUCCAAUCGGCCUCCCUUCCAGACCAAAUUCCGGGGAACGAAGAGGAUGCUUAUCACCAAGAAGAAACUCAUUCCUCUUCUUAUUUUUGUCCUCUCAGGCAUCUCCAUCCUCAGACUUUUUAAAAUCUCAGUAACUACUUUGUUUUCUUCUCCCCUUUCUGCUGCUUUGCCUCCAACUUAUCGACGCGUGUGUUCUUCUACCAUUCCAGCGUGCAGGAUGAUAGCUCCACCGACACGAGGGCCUUCAAAUAGUCUCCCUAUCUCCUCAUCCAGUGCUGCCAACCUCACCGAGAAAGAGUAUCACCUUCUGUCAAACAUUAUUUCUCUUAGAGCCCCUUGCAGCCUCCUCUUUUUUGGCCUUGAACCCCAGUAUGUUAACCUCUCAGCAUCAGUCAAUGCUGGUGGCACCACCGUUUUCCUAGAGGAUGAUCCGGAGAAGCUGAGCACAAUCAGAACAAAUUACAGCAAUACUAAGAUUUACAGAGUUGAGUACAAGACACUUGCCAGAGACGCUUACAAGCUGCUCAAGGAAGGUAGGCAAAACCCGGCUUGUGCGUUGCAGUCAGGGCCGCUGAGACAGUCCAGCUGCCCGCUAGCUCUGACUAGACUGCCGAGGAAAGUAUACAAGCAGAGGUGGGAUGUGCUGGUGGUGGAUGGACCCAGGGGGGAUGCCCCAGAUGCACCAGGCAGGAUGGCUGCAAUCUACACGGCUGCUAUGAUGGCUAGAGCCGGGAACAUAACAGAUGUGGUGGUGCACGAUGUUGAUCGAAUGGUUGAGAAAUGGUUUGCUUGGGAGUUUCUAUGCGAUGAGAACUUGGUUUCUUCCAAAGGGAAACUCUGGAACUUCAGGAUAGCGGGCAGAUCAAACACAACCAAGUUUUGCCCUGCCACGACAACUCUAGCAGUGUCAUAG